UCGACUUAUUGAUCAAUCAUAUUAAUUUAUUCAAAGGAUGGUUAACUUUUGAUUUGGUUAUCAUUGUUUGCAAAUGACGUUUUGCAUUGUCAAGUUUCCAAUCAUUUCAUAAAAAGAUAGAGGAGGAUGAAGCGUGGGAAAGGCGAGAAAAAAGGAACAAAGAGUCGAGAUAGCAGUGGUCAAGUAGUUCCACUCACUGAGCCGGUGGUUAUACCGACGGCUACGGUUGGAACAAGAUCAUGGAUAGGAGGGCUCUUCACACGCUCCAGUAGACGUCAAGACAAGUCACUCGACUACACUUUGUCUCCUCUUCAGGAGGAAAGACUUCAAAGGCUGCAAGAUCGUUUGCUUGUACCUUUUGACGAGACAAGUCCUGACCAUCAGGAAUCACUUAAAGCACUGUGGAAUGUUGCAUUUCCGAAUGUUAAUCUCACAGGUUUAGUAACAGAACAAUGGAAAGAAAUGGGAUGGCAAGGUCCCAAUCCAUCUACCGAUUUCAGGGGUUGUGGAUUUAUUGGUCUAGAGAAUUUGCUAUUUUCCGCAAGAGUUUAUCCGGUUUGUUUCCGGAGACUAUUAUUGAAACAAAGAGGCGACAGAGCAAAAUGGGAGUAUCCUUUUGCGGUGGCCGGAAUCAAUAUCUCAUUCAUGCUGAUCCAAAUGCUCGAUUUACAAAACGCUCCGAAGCCAAAAUGUCUUCCAGGAAUGAAUUUUCUCAAACUCUUAGAAGAAGACGAGAAUGCAUUCGAUGUACUAUAUUGUAUAGCUUUCGCGAUGAUGGAUGCUCAAUGGCUUGCCAUGCACGCUUCUUACAUGGAAUUCAAUGAAGUAUUACAGGCGACUAGGAAUCAGCUAGAGAGAGAGCUUUCUUUGGACGAUAUUCAUCGGAUUCAAGAUCUUCCUGCUUACAAUCUCUUGUUCCAAUAG